AUGCUGCCUCCCUGGGGACCCAGGUUCAGAGAUACUGCAAACGACUAUAAUGUGGAAUCUCCAUCUACCGACCCAGUUAUCUGUGGCCGGAAGCGUGGAGCACUCUGGGGGCCUCAUUUGUCUCAUCAGCUCUUCCGGGACAGUCCAGUCGUCCCUGCCAACACCAUACUCAUAGGAGACCUGUUCACGUAUGGGGCCGUGGUCCACUACUCGUGCCGAGGGAGCCGCAGUCUCGUGGGCAACAGCAGCAGAACCUGCCAGGAGGACAGUCACUGGAGCGGAGCCCUGCCCCACUGCACAGGAAAUAACCCUGGAUUUUGCAGUGAUCCAAGGACCCCAGCCCAUGGGUCCCGGCUUGGAGAGGAGUUUAAGGCCAAGAGCCUCCUCCGCUUCUCCUGUGAAAUGGGCUACCAGCUGCGGGGCUUGGCCGAGUGGACGUGUCUGCUCAACAGGUCCUGGUCAGGACUGCAGCCCGUAUGCGAGGCUGUGUCCUGUGGGAACCCGGGGAUGCCCGCCCACGGCAUGAUCGUCAGCAACGAUGGCAUGCUGUUCUCCAGCUCUGUGGUCUACGCGUGCUGGGACGGCUACAGGACCUCAGGGCUGACCACGCGCCACUGCACCGCCAACGGGACCUGGACCGGCACGGCCCCCGACUGCACGCUCAUCAGCUGUGGAGACCCAGGGACCCUGGCUAACGGCAUCCAAUUCGGGACCGAUUUCACCUUCAACAAGACGGUCAGCUACCAGUGUAACCCCGGCUACACCAUGGAGCCCGCCACGUCCCCCACCAUCCGCUGCACCAAGGACAGUACCUGGAAUCACAGCAAACUGACCUGCAAAGCCAUCACAUGCGGCCAGCCUCCUCCGGUCCAGGAUGGGAAGGUGGAAGGAACGGACUUCUGCUGGGGUGCCAACAUCAGCUACAGCUGCGUCCAUGGCUUCCAGCUCUCCCAGCCCGCCAUCCUCUCCUGCGAAGGCCAAGGGGUCUGGAGAGGUGAGGUCCCCCAGUGCCUGCCUGUGUUCUGUGGGGACCCUGGCACCCCUGCUGAGGGGCGCCUCAGCGGCAAGAGCUUCACCUACGGAUCUGAAGUCUUCUUCCAGUGCAAGUCCCCCUUCCUCCUGGUGGGGUCGUCCCGGAGAGUCUGCCAGGCAGACGGCACCUGGAGUGGCGUCCAGCCCACCUGCAUUGAUCCUGCUCAUAACACCUGCCCAGACCCUGGUACUCCAUAG